AUGCGACUUUACGCUUCUUACGAGGAUGAGCAUCUUCGGGCUUAUUGGGACUCCACCCACGCCUUCCCGGUGAGCAUCGCCAAGCGUCGCGCCAUGCGGUACUUGGACGCGUUCUGCACUGAUCACAAGCAGCGACGAUUCAGAGCCGGCGCCCGGUGGAAGUCGUUCCUUCAACAGGUGCUGAUCGGCUUGCUCCGGGGUUACUGCGACCUCGACGUGUUGCUGAAUCCCUUCUUCCUGUAUUUUCCUCGACCUGGCGAGGCAGGGGCCUGGUAUCCUGGUAUCGAGGACGGCGCUGAUCCUGCCGAUCUACUGGAGGCGUUGGCCAUCACGGACGCGGCCGAUCGCUGGCGCAACCAUUACCGCGACGUGCCCGAGGACCAUCCGGCACUAGGGAUUGCUCGCCUGCGCGGUAAGUUCGUAUCCUCCUCUUCCUGA